UGAGUUUCACACAAAUUCAGUCUAAAUGAAAACCUCUUAGUGACAAGACAACAUUUAAACAUCAAAAUUGUUGAAAAACUACACUUUAAAAUUCAUCUUUUGGAACUCGAAUCACUUUAAAUUUGCCAUGGAUGACUUUGAUUUCAGUACCCCACCACCGGAGGCACGAACAAUUCACACCCACACGCUGAGUGAAGAGCAGCAGAAAGACUGUGAGGCGGCCUUCGCCCUUUUCGACGACGAAAAUGCCAAGGUCAUUCCGAUCAAGUUACUGAGGGAUUGCCUGCGAGCCGUGGCCCACACGCCGCCGGAAAACGAGAUACAGGAUUACAUCACAGAAAUAGAUACGGAUGGAUCUGGGGAGCUGUAUCUCAGCGAUUUCCUAUACAUCAUGUCCAAGCGGUACGAGAAUUCCACUGUCGAGGAUGAGGUUAUUCUGGCAUUCAAAGUCUUCGACAAAGAUGGAUCUGGCUUUAUCCACGAGAACGAGUUCCGUCAGAUAAUGACGGACUAUGGCGAUGAAAUGGAGGAGGAUGAGAUCGAGGAAAUGAUACGGGAUGCCGAUGCCAACACGGAACUCAAAAUCGACUACGUUCGCUUUGUGAACAUGAUGAUGGAGACGUAACAAUCUCUUGGCAAAUUCAACGAUAAGAUCUUAUGCAUGGAUUUAAAAAACGAACCUUAUGGCAUGGUUUAAUCAAUUCGGAUGAUAUUUAUGAUCGUCUACUAUUCUUGGGCCGAAAUAUACUUGGAUCUAAAAUAACAAUUCAUACUAUUCUUUAUAGCGUAGUGCAAAAAAUAAAUAAAUAAUAACAACAGUA